UAAACAAAGUGUAAAAUGUCUGCACAGUUUCAGUAUUAUCCUAACCCUGAUGAUGACUUUAUUCUUCAGGGUGGAACUCCUUAUUAUUACAGAGAAACACCAGGAUUUGUGAGAAACUCCAUGUUAACGGAUACAACAAAAAAUCUGUCCCAGCAUGCUUACAAUGCAGAAAGAUAUGGAGACGACCCCCAGCUGCGUGGUUCUCUACGGACAGUUUCUCGUAGCCUUAACCGUGUUCAUGGAGACCUUACUAAAUCACUGCUUGAAGAUGACAGCAACUCCCGACCCUUGACCUCCACCCACAGCUACUCCCACAGCACACUCAAUGAAGUUCUUAGAGAUGCUAUGAACAGAAAUCCCCCACCGGCGUCCCUUCUAUCUCGAACAGAGUGGUAUACUAAGCCCAUACACCUAAGCGCCUCUGUGAACGUCCCCAUGAGUACUGAGGACAUGCUGGCAUCUCGAUACUUCCCUGUCACCCUAGGUGAACUCAAAAGCCUGGAAAUGUUGGAAGAUAUCAGACCAGGGAGAUCUCGUUCCCCAACUCGGUCUAAGAAAUCUAAGGGUCAUCAAAGGUCAAAAAGUGCAACAAGGGGUGAAGCCAGGAGAAUUGAUUAUGAUGUGUAUUACCUCACUUCAGAAGCACCAAACAUAAAAACAGCUGGAAUAGCUUUCACAUCACCAUACAGUGAUGAAUUAUCAAAACUUAGGAUGGAAAAGCUACGGAUUGAAGAAAGACAGUAUCUGGAACUCAAGAGACAGGCAGAGUUAGAGAAAAUCAGAGGACCUAAGCCCAAAUGGUAUUCCCUCAAGGGCCCUGAGUUUCACAUUGAAGCCAAGAAGAACAAUGAUUUGGUACGCAAUUCAGACAAGUGGGAUGACCUACUGACUUAUCGAGAACGGUUACUAAAUGCUACCAACCGUCUUCGGACAGCUUUACAGGACUAUGAAAUUCCAGCAUAUUGAUUGAUAGGAUCCAUUGUUUAGCUGUACUCAUAUGUGUCAUGAUGUGGUGGAAUCGUGCACUAGUCAAACUUAGGGCUAAUGAAGUUAUUGGUAUCAUUUUAAUGCCUGCAUAUUCUCCAUGCUUUUGAUUUUAAAAAAACUUACUCUCUUAUUAUGCAUAGAAGUCGAGAUAUUUGCAAUUGAAGGAGGUGAGGGUCUCCCAGUGUAAGUGUAAGAGGAAAAAAUUAGUGAAGAAAUGGCAGUCAAAGUUUGGUGAUUUCCAAAGUUUGUUUGUCUUUGGAACACAUUUUUUGUGUAAAGAUUUUCAGUAAAAUUC